AUGGAGAAGCAAAACUACAGCAAGUUCUCCUGUUUCUGGGAGACAGAGCCCGUAGGCUGUAGGAGGAUAAGCUGUGACUUCUUUCACAGAAAACCCCGUAAUAUAAAUGGACUUUAUUUGCCACCUAGUAACAAUGUCCCAUUGAAACAGGAUGUCCAAGGAGGCAUUCUGCAUCCAGCCCAUCGUCAGGACUCACUCAGAAGUCAAGAGAAUAUUUUAGUACCAAUUCACCCUCCACUGAUUAUAAACCUCAGUGAUGAAGAGGAUGAUGAAGAGGAUGAUGAAGAGGAUGAUGACGAAGAAGAAAACUAUGUUUCUAACUGGAUGCCUAAGACUGUUUUAGAUAUUGAAGAGGAAAGAGCAAUAAGGGAUAUAUGCUAUAAAUCUGGAGAGUAUUAUGGGAUUCAGAACCCUUACAAACACCAAUCGACAAAAACUGUGUCUUCACUGUGGCAAGAUGAGUUAUUACCCUUGGAAACUACUGAACAAAACUUGCAGAAAGGUGAUGGUAACACAAUUCCUACAAGAUUUAAUAAUACAAGAAAAGAAAAAGAGAGUUCAGAAAGGAGAAUAUCAAUAGAGAGUAUUCCCAGAACAGAUCAGAAAUCCUUUGAGAAUGGAGGAGGUGGUGGUUCUGUGAUGCAGAGGAACACAUUUGUUGAUGGGAACAGAUUUGAGGCACUACCUCGGGAAAAGGAACCAAUUACGUCAAAGCAUCCCAAUGUGAAAGAAACAAACCACACUGAACUGGUAAAGAACCACCACUGUAAGGAAGUAAAGGAAAAUAAAAGGAUUUCUGAGGAGCGAAGAAAUUCAGCUAAUGCACUAACUGGCAAAGGAAUUCAUACUCCAGACCCCAAAGUAAAACCAAGUUAUCAACAAAGGGGUCAAAGUAAGGAUGUUGAAACUGCUUCUUUGAGUCCGUAUGGGAGAGAAACUGGAAGAUACACUCAUUUAAAUUCUCCAGAACCUCGACGAUCAGCUUAUGUAGUCUACCGGACUGUCACUCAAAAACCAAAAUUCAAUGGAUCUACAGCAGUACCUGAAUCCUAUGGUCAGAAAAGCUCCAAACAAAAGAAUCAGCCUGACAACAAUAGGAGAUUUUGGACACAGACAGAAAACUAUGGCAAAUAUACUUCAGGAUCUUCUAAUUCACCAGCUUGGAGGAAAAGAAAUCCACAAGCAAAACAGUUCUCUAAAUUUAAAAUAACCACUCAGCAGAGUAAAGAAGACAUGGAAGUGAAUAAAAAAGGAGAAAAAGAAACAUCUAAAGGGAAAUAA